UUAAGGCUUAUUCUCUUAGCGAAUGAAGCUGUCACCAAGCCCUGGCUCUGCCAAAUAGACCCCAGCAAAGGGGGGACAGGACAAGGUCAACUAGCAACUGAGAAAGCUCCUGGUUUGCUGGAGGAGGAGUGAGAGAAAAGCUGGCAGGAGAAUUUUGCCAUGUUAUUGUCGCUGUUGGUUUUGUCUGCACAGUCGUGGGCACUUCUAUGUGUGUGUGCCUGCACGCCUUGCCCGUCUCCCGCAUUCCUCCCUCACCCAUCCAUGCACAGCAUGAUAUAAACAAACCUGCCUCUGGACAUGUCAUGGCUUAAAAUAGAUGUUCAUACAUCAGCCUUUCUCCAGCGGCGGCGGCAGCAGUGGGAAGACAUGGCCGACUGGAUCUGACUACGGCACUCGCUCCGAGCCGGGAAGCCACAGCCCUCGCAAAGGACCGUGGGUGGCAGCAGCAGCAGAAGCAACCUCCAGGCCACUCUCCGGCCUUCACGAUCCCACAGGUAUGCCUUGUGGGUCUCGGCAGCUCCAAUGGCUUUCCUGUCGAGGUUCUCCAGGAAUGGCACCAGGUCACCGAGCCGGGGCUCGCGGGAAGAGCGCAACAACCACCCCAUCCUCAGCGUCUUCGAGCUGGAAAGGUUGCUGUACACAGGAAAGACAGCCUGUAAUCAUGCUGAUGAAGUCUGGCCAGGACUCUACUUGGGCGAUCAAGAUAUAGCGGCCAACCGGCGUGAGCUGGCUCACCUGCGCAUCACCCACAUCCUCAACGCCUCACACAGCAAGUGGAGGGGGGGUGCUGAGUACUACGAGGGCACGGGCAUCCGCUACCUGGGCAUCGAGGCCCACGACUCUCCUUCCUUCGACAUGAGCCCCUACUUUUAUCCUGCAGCUGACUUCAUCCACCAAGCGCUGAACGAAGGAAGGAUCCUUGUGCACUGUGCUGUCGGGGUGAGCAGGUCGGCCACCUUGGUCCUCGCCUACCUCAUGAUCCGCCACCACAUGCCCCUUGUAGAAGCCAUAAAGACGGUCAAGGACCACCGUGGUAUCAUCCCCAACCGGGGUUUCUUGCGCCAGCUGGUCGCCCUGGACAAUGCCCUGAGGCUGAAGAGGAGCGCGUGAAGAGGGGUUGUGUGGUGGGAGCACAGUGUGUGCGGUGCUCACCCGACCCCAUUGCCCACUGUGUGGCAGAGAUAGGGCUUUCCUCGCGGUGCAGAUGCUUGGCAGCUAAUGGGUUACACGCAGCUGGCUCCUGGGCCUCCUUCUCUGUUAAAGAGGUCCCCAAACAUGUGAGCUAUUCCUAGUGGUAAUGCCUAGGCCCUCAACUUGCAAUCUUGCCACCUAGGUAGGUCUAAAGUAUAGCCUCCUUCCCAGCCUGCUCGCUCCAAGAUGCCUCUGGAGGGACUCAGCCCCACGUUAUAGGUUACUCUAUCCCUGUGGGCUCCAGGAAGCCUUUAAGGCUUCAUUCUCCCAUGUGGCAGAUGCAUUUGCCAAGCCAGUCCUGUCCCUCCCUCCCAGGAGACUGAAGCUCUGUGCGUUCCUUGUCUUGUCUCCCAUUUGUUUCUGGUCUGUGUAGCAAUGUGAAUUAGGUCUGGUGUGUGGGCUCAGGCAAACAGGCCUUUCGUCGCAGUGUUUGGAUGUCCUCCAUGCCUAGUGUUAACCUGUACAAAUAAAGACAGUGCUAAGGAACAA